UGGAGGAAAUGGACAAUGCACUCGCUGUCCUACAGUCUCAAUUGCGCAAUUAACUUUUAUUAAACGUACAGCCAAGCACUUUACGAACAGUUCAAACUACUGUGGUAAUAGCAAUUUUAGAGUGAUUCAAUUGGAAACCAGUUUUAUAAGAUCAAAUGGAGGACACUCGUGAAGUGGUUGUUGUGACAGGUUUUGGUCCUUUUAGACAAUAUGUGGUGAAUCCAAGUUGGGAGGCAGCUAAGGGUCUCAAAAUGGUGGGGCUUGGAGUCGGCACGGAGGUUUAUAUCAAGGAGAUUCCUGUCAGUUACUCUAAAAGUCAACAAGUUGUUGAUGAAAUCUGGCAGAUGAUGCCAAAGGUUGUUAUCCAUUUGGGCAUAGCUCCGGGAACCAAAGGGAUCACUUUGGAGCAAACAGGAAAGAACCACUGUUACAAGGACAUGGAUGUGAGUGGUCUUUACCCUGUUCAUCACUGCUGCAUUAAGGGAGGACCAGAAAAGUUGGACUCCAUUAUAGACACGAGGUGUCUCAGCAAACAAUUAAAACGUAUGGGAUUUGAUGUCAUCUACUCCAGGGAUGCCGGAAGGUACCUGUGUGAUUUUGUGUACUAUUAUUCAUUGUACCACGGGCAGGGAAAGGCUGCUUUGAUCCAUGUGCCUGCCUCGGGCAGCCUGUCAGGCCUGGUACCACAACUUCAGACCAUCAUCCAGACUCUUUUAUGUCAGAUGGACACCGCGGCAUAAACAACAUUAGGAUAUGCGGGACACAGAGAUAUGGAACGUUCUGAAGGGAACUUUCUGCACGAAACAUAAUGACAUGAUGCAUAUUUUACAGCGGAAGGGAAAUGAGUGACACUCGAGACAAUCUUUCAAACUCAUUCAUUUUUUAAUUCAAAAUUUAGGAAAAAAGAAAUACAUGAAAACUUUUUCAGAUAUACAUUAAGCCGAUGGUAUGUAAAAAGUUAACCAUCUGGAGGUGAGGAGAAAACUGAAAUAAAAACCGGAGGCCUUAAGAUACACAACUUAAAAGAAGACGAGAGUACCAGCCAAGCCGUUUCACCACCAGUUUCUUCCAAAGCAAUGACACAGAGAUUUUGUUUUUCCUUUUUUUGUGAAAGGAAAAUAAAAAGUGUUAUUAAACUCUUCAGUACAGUA